AUGCCACGUAAUCAUAAGAGACCAAGGUUAGAGGAUAGUGGGAGCCCAGAGAGGAGGUCGCCUCAAGUCAGCAACAGGGAAACACCAAGUCACUCCAGUCACUUGAGAGACACUCCCCAUCAAGGGAGUCACACUGCUGUGAGUCCCACUGCAGCCACUGAAGUUUGGAGCAGGGGUGUUCCUGGUUUCUCUACAGACGCCCUCUCCCGGCCUCUAUUAAGGCUCCACUCAGGCUGUCCCAUCAUUGGACCAGAGCUUGUCUACGGGGAUAACCUUGGCAGUGAGACACGCAAAAUGGAGUUUAAACGAGGGCGAGGAGAUUAUCUGAAAACAUGUUUCCUCCGUGAUGUCCGACGCUACACCUGUGCCUUCCUGAACAGCGAGGGGGGCAGUUUACUGGUCGGGGUGGACAAUGACGGCACGAUCUGUGGCGUAGUCAUUAGCCACAUUUGGGAGGACCAUGCCCGCCAGCAGGUGGACUCCUGCUUGAAGAUGUUCAAGCCUCCUGUCUUUCCCCACCAGUAUAGCCUCAUCUUCCUUCCUGUGGUAAGGCCCGGUCAGGAUGGGAGACGCCUCAGGGUGGUGUGCCUUACCCUCCAAUCCCCUGUAGCCAACACUGAGCCCAUCCUCUACCAGACUGACAUCGAAGACAUAUACAUCAGGCGGGAUGGGAGCGUGGAGGGGCCUCUGAGUGUCACGACUGCCAUGGAGUGGCUCUCACAGGACAUAGCCAGACCCCAGAACAGCCGGAUCACCGGCACUCACAGCCAGACACAGAUACUAGUACUCUUCUUCCUAGUAUCUGCAGCUUGA